AUGGAAGGAGAUAAAGAGCAUCCGUUGGUAAUCGGAAAAUUCAAAAAUCCUCAUGGUUUUAAAAAUAUUAAUAUGAAUAAUCUUGGGAUUCAAUAUGCAAAUAGUAAUAAAUCUUGGAUGACCAGUUUAAUUUUUAAAAACUGGGUUGAACGGUUAAAUUCCAAAAUGAGUGUGGAAAAUAGAAAGAUUUUGCUUCUUUUAGAUAAUGCGCCAGGUCACUAUUUUGAUGGCGAAUUCAGUAAUAUCGAAUUGUAUUUUCUUCCUCUAAAGACAACAUCUAAGAUUCAACCAAUUGAUCAAGGGAUUGUGCAUUCAUUUAAAUCGUUGUAUAAAAAAGGAAUGACUAGAAAUUUGAGUAUGGGAACAAAUAUAGGAACAUGUCAUAUACAGAUGAACUUACCAAUUCAAAUUAGUGAAUGCUCUACCUUUAAUUAUUGA